AUGACGAAUCCAAAAGGUCACGUUAUCAAGGUUGAGCACGCGCCGACGCCGUCCCCAGCAACGCGAGCCCCAGAUAUCAACCUUCGAGCCGACUUAUUGCCGCCAAUGGCUUCUCCAACUAUUCCGGCUCAUGGGUCUCAUGCUAGACCUACCACGAACGUUCUUUCUGACUUUUCAAGUGGAGAAUGUGGCCAGCCGGCGACAGAAGCUGAACUAACCCCAGAGCAAGUUGUUUCUUUAUAUACUGGCCCGUACUCUACACACUAUAUGGCUAGCAUAGUCGACGGCGGAAACUAUUGGGAAAAAGAAGGCCGUCCAGGUACUCUUUCCAAACCUACAAACGCUCCUCCAUAUAACCAUGAGCUUCGCCCGAUCCACUACACGGACGUUGGGGCUCCGCAAGCGUAUCGACAGUAUGCUGGAGUGCCUGCAGCACACAACAUGAUCCCCGCGCAAGCUCCUUUGCAAAAUCCGGAGAUUCACAAGUUCGGUGACAAUGCUCCUGCUCGACCGACGGCUUUCAAGACUCCAGUUCCCGGGAAAGGAUUGAAAAAGAGCAAUCGCAUAAACAGAAUGGUACUUCCAGAUAUGGCGCUUCCAGAAAACUCAGACAUGAGCCUGAACUUUACGAAUCUGCGCGAGGCGAGAGACUCUGUGCUCAACCGGGAUCUGGACUGUAUGCCUCCAUCUCCGGACCUCUCAAUCCCGAAAACAGACGAGCAGCGGGCCGGCUAUGUGCUCCGCCUGCUCCUCGCGAUGAGGAAUCGUGACGACGUCCUCGAUAAGGACGUAGAGUCAAAGCGCUACAAUGCCACGGGCACGGACGAUAUGGGUGGUGGAUACUACUAUAAGGAGGAGGAUAUGGAGAAGGUCUGUUGGGAGAUUGUGAACAUCGCAGAGAAGUUGCACAUCCACGGGCCUAACAUCCUCAGCAUCUAUGACCGCGAGACUCUGCGAAAUAUCAAGAGGGACAUCAACUUCACAUUCGAAGAGCGCAUGCAGUGUCUUAUCAAGAUGCUAUGUUUCUUCAAGAGCAGGUGCGACGCCUUCAUGAAGGGCUCUGCUAUGGAAGAAACUGUAGCCCAACCGCUUCAGAAGCUGACCCAGGCGUUGACAAACCGUAACCAGAACGACAAACGCGCUAAAAUCAUCGCUGCUGGCCGCAAAGUUAGAAAGGACUUACGCGAAGACACUGCCACUCCGGAUCGAGACGAGCUCGACAACAACGUCGAUACUGGAGCUGAACAGCCGUUGAUCGAGCCUCGCGCUACUCAGGCUCCCGAGCACCGUCAUACGUGGAGUCUUAACCAAGAUGUCCAUAUGGGGGAUCAAGAGGAGGAUGAUAUUGACACGGCAAUGGCAGAUCGUGACUUGCCCACCGACGAAGACUUGUAA